UGUCGUCAUUGCUUUUAAGCCAUUAAGUUCGGCAUCAUCUCGUGUAUUUUCCAUAGCCAUCAAUUUUUUCAUGUAUUACACAUUUUUCCGUAAAGGUUAAUCCACACAUAAACAUACAGGAAUAUGAUAAUGAUCAUUAUUCAUCAUUCACACACACACACACACACACACACACACACAUCACAAACCCAAACACAAUCAACCAACCGACUGAAUCGAACGUACGAACGAACGAACCGACCAACACUGGAAAAACAAAAUGAAUUGUAAUAAUUGUCUAUUAAUAGAAUGACAGCACUUUGAAUAAAUGCAUCACAAAAAAAAUUAUUAGAAUUUUCGUUUUACUGUCAGCCAAUAUUAUUAUUGUGAUUGCCAUAUCUUCACCGAUUUAUAGUAAAUGUGAAUUGCUUUUAUUUUCUGACUCAAGUGGUUGUACAUCAACAUUGACUACAUUUUUGUUCAAAUUUUUCUUUUUAUUUGUUGUUCAUCUAUAUCAGCUACUGGAUGUUUUUUUUUGUUUCUCUACAAAACACUCAAAAAAUUUUUGCCAGAUUCUAAUUUGAUUGUCAACGAAUAACUUCAUCAUCAUUUUUUUCAUUUUAUCAUUAAAUUCAUUUUUUUUCAUCAAGUGAAUGACUUCGAAAAUGUAUUGGCGUGACAGAUUUCCUCGACCAUUGUCAACAUCGCCUUCGAUAACACCAAAUGAAUUAUUGGAAAUUCUAUUGGCCCAUACAUAUGGCUAUUAUGUUUUACCAGCUGAACCGUAUGAUGAAGUUUAUCCAAACAUUUAUCUAGGUGACAGUACUACUGCAUUAUGCAUACAUCUCCUAAGACGAUUGGGAAUCACACACGUUUUAAAUGCAGCAUGGGGUCGUCAACGAAAUCUUGGCCUUGUUAAUACAUCGUCUUCAUUCUAUCGAAAUGCACAAAUUGAAUUCAUGGGCAUCGAAGCUCUAGACAUGUCAGCAUUUCCACUUUAUCAACAUUUUUAUUCGGCAACCGAUUUUAUUGAAAGUGCACUCAAACAAUCUAAUGGAAAAAUUCUUGUCCAUUGUGGUGAAGGUAUAUCAAGAUCUUCAACACUUGUGAUUGCAUACUUGAUGAUUAAAAAAGGAAUGAACGUGAGCGAUGCUAUUCGUACGGUUGUUAAACAUCGAAAUAUUUUACCCAAUCAAGGAUUUUUAUUGCAGCUAUGUCAACUGAAUGAUGAAUUGUUUAAAACACAAUCAACCAAAAAUUUUGAUCAACCAAAAAUUGAACAACAACAACAACAACAACCAAGCCCAAUGGAAUUAAAACCACCAUUAAACGAUGAAUUAAAAUACACUAGUAGCGGAAGCAGUCGUUCACCAACGCCUAGUUCAGGAUUAUCUACACCUAAUUUUGGUCCAUCUUCUAGUAGUCGAUCACCAACACCAAGUACUGGAUUUUUUAUGUCACCACCACCUAGUUAUAAUCGACCUAGUCGAUCAUCAACACCUAAUCCUACAUAUACAUCGGUAUCUGAUUAUGCGAACAAAUAUACCGACAAUAAUAAUGUUUAUUACAAUUACUCAAACGCUAUUCGACCGAUUGAGAAUCGAAUAUUAAUGCAAAGAAGAAUGGAUUUUCGUCGUGCACAAAGUGUUGAACGUCCAAAUUAUGUUACAAGAGGUUCAAGCUAUAUGAAUAAAAUUUCAUGUAAAUCUCCAUUAUCACGUAGUCACUAUAAUCUUCCCAAUGCUAGCACUAACCAUACAUCAUUGAUGACUACUUAUCUUACUAAUCGACCGCUUCCAACAUUAUCUCGGUGAAUUUAAAAAUUUCAUAAAACAUGAAGAAUUUUCUCAUUGUUAAUUCAAUCACCAUAUAUACAAUCAAUCAUUUGAAUCUUCGUCAUUACCGCCACCAACAUCGUCAUUGAUAAUGCAAUAAGCACGUAUCAACAUUCGCGUAAUGAGGAUUAUCAUCUAAAAUCAUCAAAACUCUUAUUUUUUGUGUGAUUUCGUGGCCAAAAAAAAAAAAUAUUAAUAACCACACAUAUAAUAUACAAACAAGAAAAAUUUAGCCAAACAAAAAAAUGUAUUUUUGCAACAAAUACACCGCAGAACGAGAUAAUAUCUCUCGACAACAUUGAAAAAAAUGUAAAUUUUUUUUUUGAAUAAGGUAUUUGAUGAUAUACAAGAAUGAAUUCAGCUUUAUCAUCAUCAUCAUUUUGAUUGUAUCAAUACAAUAAAACAAAAAAAAAAAAAAAAAAACUUGCAUCUGUCUUAAUUCAUCAUCAUUUUUAUUCUAUUACAGAUUCAGAAACAGGGCCUAAUUAUAUUUUCAUAAUAAUAAUCAGUCUAUCGUGACCAAAUUGAACGAUUCGUAUCACUAGAUUGUUAAAUAAUUUUUUUUUAUGAUCAAUGAAUACUUUAGAUACAUUUUUAUACACGGAUAUUUGACUGAAUGAAUUGUAUAGUUGUCAUUUUAUAACCGGCAGAUAUAUGAAUAUGAAUAAUAAUAAAAAUUGACAAGCAGAAAAAAUGAUAAUAAUAAUCAUUUCCAUCAUGUUAUACAUAACGGCUUGCUGUCACACUUUCAUUUUUUUCAGUCUCAUCAUUUCUAUUUAUGGAUUUAAAAUUUGCAUUAACAGACUAAAGAUGAGCUGCAAAAAAAAAAAAAAUUAAAUAAUGAUUCAAA